UGAAUAUCCCAACAGACUACUAAACGAAUACAUACAUAGCGAGCGAGAUCUCAAACACAGUUUUUACUUAACUUUGACGUUAGUGAGCCGGUAAACAUUGCUUUAAAAUCAUGUCGGAAGAAUUAGUGGUAACAACGGAAAUUGGCAAGCUUCGGGGCAAAGCCCAGAAGGAUUACCAUGGUGAUAAAUUUUAUAGUUUUAGUGGAGUACCCUACGCCAAGCCACCCAUAGGGGAACUUAGAUUUAAGGCUCCUGAACCAAUUGAAUCAUGGGAAGGAGUAAAGGAUUGUACCAAAGAAGGAUGGGAAUGUCCCUCGUUAGAUAUAUACUUCAAACACCACAUUGGCAACGAAGACAACUGCCUUAAUAUGAAUAUAUACACCAAAGAGCUUCCAAGUCAUAACCCGAACAUGAAAAAGAGACCUGUUAUGGUUUUCAUCCAUGGUGGCGGCUUCAUAUAUGGCUCCAACAAAAGCAUGCACGUGGGUCCUAAUUAUUUAAUGACUGGUGAUAUUGUAUUAGUGUGUAUCAACUAUAGAUUGGGAGUAUUUGGUUUCUUAAGUCUAGAAGACCAAUCUUUGGGUGUACCCGGAAAUGCAGGCUUGAAAGAUCAGACAAUGGCACUAAAAUGGAUACAAAAACACAUUGCUAAUUUUGGUGGUGAUCCUAACAACGUAACAAUAUUUGGGGAAAGCGCUGGUAGCGCCUCAGUUCAUUUCUUGCUUGUUUCUCCACUUACGAAAGGCCUCUUCCAUAAAGCGAUUAUGCAGAGCGGAUGUGCUUUCAAUCCCUGGGCUAAGGGAAGAAGAAACUUUGCUGUAAUUUCUAAAGCUAUGGGUUAUAAAGAUGUAGACGAAAAAACUUUGUUCCAGAAACUUUGUAGAGCCAGCACAAGAAGCUUAGUAACAGCUUCGUUUAAAAUAGAAGAUUCAUUCUUCGCCAGCAUCGUCCGACCUUUCAUCCCAGUUGUAGAAUACCCCCACGAAGGAGCCUUCUUAACAGAAGACCCAGAAGAAAUAAUGAAAGCUGGCCGACAUCAUCAUGUCCCUGUAAUAAUCGGUUACAAUUCCAUGGAAGGUUUGAUGUACGAAUUAAUUAGAAAAACUAGAACAGAUGCAGAUCUUCCCGAGACUCUUGAAAGGGACAUUCCUUUUGACCUUAACAUUCCAGAAAAAACGGAAAGGGCGAAAGAAGUUGCGGAAAAAAUGCAAAAAUUUUACUACCAAGAUAAAGACCUUUCUGAAAAGAACAUAAACAAUAGAUACAGGAUGGUAAGCGAUGUACAUUUCCUCUACGGUAUCCAGAAAACCAUUACCUUACUUCAGCGCCACAGCAAAGCUCCAGUAUACGUUUACAGAAUGAGCAUCAUCAGCAACUUAAAUUUCUUCAAAAAAUUCUGUGAAGUUAAAUAUUUGAAAACAAUGCUUGCUCUUUCGUUGCUUACAAAACUAUCCGGCGGAUCCAGUAUGAAGAACGUCUUCCAAUCCCUAAGAGAAAAACUUCCUGUUAGGCAAAUAGAGGGCGUCUCCCACGCUGACGACAUCUUCUACCUAUUCAGCACUUUCCUAGCUCCUACCAUUGCUAAGGGGAGCGUGGAAGACAGAAACAUACAAAAAUUCGUGAAGCCUUGGACCACUUUCGCCGAAUGCGGUAACCCUACACCAGAACCUACAGAACUCCUCGAUCAUGUUGUGUGGAGUCCUGUAAAAGACGAAAGUAUUUCAAAUAUUUUUGAUAUUAAUGAUAGAAUCAGUAUUACUGGUAAUGUUGAAGCAGAAAGGAUACAAUUCUGGAGAGAGUUAUAUGCGGAAUGUUGUGGUACAGCCUAAAAGUUUCUUUGCCGAAAUUUUUGAUAAAUAAUGCAAAAAUGUGAUUUAUUUGUGUAGGAAUAGAUUGAUACGAUAUUAUUUGAAUGGCAUGUUUGUAGCCUACUGUUAAAACAUCACAUAUCUUUGAAAUGAUUUUAGCUGUAUGAAAGUCAAUGUUUUAUAUUUACUCUCCUGAAAAAACAUCAAUCCAGUAUAAAAGCCAGUUUGUUCUUCAUUUUUAAUAGUCAAUGCAUAGUCGGAAUUUUCAUUUGUAAAGUCCAAGUAUCUAGGACACAAUUCUUCUGACCCAACAUAUAUGUACUUGUGCACUUGCUAAGUAUAUUACGUUGUCUUUAUACUUGCUCUAUACUCUUUGGAGCAUUGAAAUCGUGCAUUUACUAUAUAGGAAAUUCUACAUAAUCCUUUUCUCAUAAAAAUAUGAGUAUAACUUUGCAAUUUUUGUCAAAAUGUGAUAUUUAUGUUCUUGCUGGGUUAUCUAUAAGCUACAAGAGAUUAUUACUCCUAUUUGAGAUAUUAAAGAUCAUCUGUUGUUUAAAUGUAGUAUCGUAGAUAAUACUCGUAUCGAAAGUAUUAAUAGAUAGGUCAAAUGUAUUUUAAAUAAUUUUAAGACACUUAAAAUUAAGUUAUACAUAUUUAUGUUAUUUAUUUCUUUAAAAGAAUGUUUUUAAUAAAAUAAUAGUAAAUUCUGA